AUGAUGCACUUCAUGGCGUCUAAAGUUCGAAGAAUGCUUUUGUUGUACAAGAAGGGAAAGGAAAAUAGUGAUAAUGAUGACGAUUCUACAGUGGUUCAAGAUACCAAGGUUAUUCCUUUUGACAAGAAAAAGUUCGACCUCAGGAGAGUAGAACUACUUCGCACUGUGGGAACCGGCACUUUUGGUCGCGUUAUUGUGGUUCACGAUAAAUGUUCGCAACAAUACUAUGCUUUAAAAAUAUUAAUCAUUGAAGAAUUAGUACGAUUAAAACAAGUGGAACAUGUGAAGAAUGAGAAGUCAAUAUUGAUGCAGUUAAAUCACUCAUUCAUUGUAAAGUUUUUGCAAAUUGUUUAUCGAGAUCUAAAACCAGAAAAUCUACUUUUGGAUUCAAAGGGUCACUUAAAAAUGACUGACUUUGGAUUUGCAAAACUUGUUAAAGAUCGUACAUAUUCUCUUUGUGGUACACCUGAAUAUUUGGCACCAGAAAUUCUUCAAGGUAAAGGUCAUAAUCAUUCAGCUGACUGGUGGGCUACAGGAAUUAUUAUUUAUGAAAUGCUUGUUGGACGUCCACCGUUUUAUGAUGAAAACGAUAACCGGCUGCAUAUAUAUCAGAAAAUAAUAACUGGUAACUAUGAAUUUCCCGAUGAAAUUGAAGAUGAAAAUGCCAAAGACCUAGUCAAGGGAUUUCUACGUGUCGAUCUCAAUGAAAGAUUAGGCAGAUCGAAAAACGAUAUACAUGAAAUAAUGAAGCAUCCCUGGUUUUCUGAUAUUUGUUGGAAUGAUGUUUUGCACAAAAAAGUAAAGCCUCCGAUUAUACGAAUGUACAAAGCGACGGAGAUACGUGCUGUUAUGAACAAUAUUUUGAACAAGAUUGGUCAGAAAUCCCGAUAUCAAGUAUGA